UAUAUAAAAUUAUAAUAAUAAUUAUAAUAUUGUAUACAUUUUACGUGAAACUAAAUUAUUUAAAGUUCAAAAUUAUGAAUAAAUUAGCACCAAGUAAAAGCACUGUGUAUAUGUCUAACAUUCCGUUUAAUUUAACUAAUAAUGACUUACAUAAAGUACUUGAAAAAUAUGGGAAAAUUGUGAAAGUUACUAUUGUUAAAGAUAAAAACACACGGCAGAGUAAAGGAAUAGCUUUUAUUUUAUUUCUGAAUCAAGAUGAUGCAAACACAUGUGUUAAAGCUACAAAUAGUGUUGAAAUGUUUGGACGUUCAAUAAAAAGUUCUAUAGCAGUAGAUAAUGGUCGAAGUACUGAAUUCAUUCGAAAACGCCAAUAUUGUGAUAAAAGCUUCUGCUAUGAAUGUGGUAAAGAAGGUCAUCUUAGUUAUAUGUGUCCAGAAAAUUGUUUGGGAGAACGGCAGCCACCACCUAAAAAAAAAAAAAAAAAACCUACAGGUCAAAACAGCAAAGAAAAUGAUACAAAAAAUAAAAUACUUUACCCAAGUUCUGAUGAAGACAUAGAGUUUUAUGAUAAAACUAAAUUAUGUUCCAAUUACGCGAAAAGUGAAAACGAGGAUAACGAUGUGUCGGACAAUGAAACUUUAAGUGCUGCAAUAAAAGAAGAACAAGAAAAAUAUUGUAUACAAUCUAGUUCAGCUGAUCUACAUCAUAAAAAAGUAUAUCGCAAAAAUUCAUAUUUUAGUGAUGAAGAAGAACUUGACGAUUAAAACUUGUAAAUAUCAGGAACUACUGGUUUCUGGUGAUAUUUACAAUUACAAGAAACUAAUGCAUUUCUAAAAUAUAUAUAGAUAUAAAUAUGUAAAUAAAUUAAAUAUACUUUAUUUUGGUCUGAAUAAAUGGUUGUUUUGACAAG